GAGUGAUUAGAAGAAAAAGUGGCGCGUUGUUAAGAAACGAAAAAGUGGCGCGUUAUUGUGCAAGUAAGUAACUGUGAGUCGUUUCUUGUUCUUCAAUUCAUCACGUAAACGUGACGGAUUCUAAUUCCAUAACCAUCAGUUUCAGGCCUCCAUCCAACUUUGAAAAGUAGCUAGUUACUUAAAUAAAUACUAAACCAACACAAGUUAAUUAACUUUAUUAAUCCAAUUAAUCAACUACUUACCAUAAAUGCUGCGGUUAACUCGUUUCAUUACAUCAUCAUCAUCAAUUUCUCAUUCCAAUUUCAACUCUCACUUUCUUCUCCUUCACACUGCAACCAUGUCUUCUUCCACAACCACCACCGUCAUCGAUGACGACGCUAAAAACGGUUUCUCUCGUCCUGAGAUGUACAAACAGAAUCUCGCCGGAACCGUUGAAUCCUACGAUCGCCACGUUUUUCUCUGUUAUAAGAAUCAUCAAAAUUGGCCUCCUCGUGUUGAAGCUUCUAACGAUGAUCCUCUCCCUAAAAGCAUUGCUACUGCUUUUAAAGCUCGCAAAAACGAUAUCGUCGUUAAGACGAAAAUUACAGUUUGUGAGGCGCGUGAGGAAGAUGGUUUCUUCGACGGUGAUGUCUUGAUUUUCCCUGAAAUGAUCAAAUAUAGGGGUUUGAAGGAAUCAAACGUUGAUAGCUUUUUCGAUGAUGUCAUGGUGGGUUGUAAAUCAUGGGGUGGUGGAGUGCAGGAUGUGGUGGCAGGUUCAUAUAUUUUUGUGUGUGCUCAUGGAAGUCGCGAUGUGAGGUGUGGUGUUUGUGGGCCUGUGCUCAUUGACAAGCUCAAUGAAGAAAUUCAGCUCCGGGGAUUGAAGGACCAGAUAUCUGUUAUGGCAUGUUCUCAUGUUGGUGGCCAUAAGUAUGCUGGCAAUUUAAUCACAUUUAGUCCUGGACCAGAUGGAAAAGUUAUGGGUCACUGGUAUGGCUAUGUUACUCCUAAUGAUGUACCUGCCUUGCUGGACCAACACAUUGCCAAGGGAGAGAUCAUACAAAAACUAUGGAGAGGCCAAAUGGGGCCACCUGUUGCUGAACUUAAGGGAGAAAAUGACCAAAAGCUAGCUAAUGGAGAUGAUACUCACAAGAUCAAGAAGAAGAAUGUAGAAAGUAGUAACAAUCUUAGCAACAAUGAUGACGUGGUUGGUUGUUGCCAAGGUGUUAAUGGCGUUUCUUGUUGCAGAAGUGAAAAUUUUGAGCAAAACAAAGUAGUUGAUGAAACCGCUCAGGGGAGCAAAGUAUGUUGGAGUUGGCCUGCAUUACAACGUGAUAUUCUUACAGCUACUGGUAUACUUGGAGUUUUAGCAGCUGUUGCCGUUGGUUACAAAUUUUGUAGAAAGUCAGGCUGAGAGCUUGGAGGGUUCUUUAGUUCUUACUGUUCAUCAAGAAAUAAUAACGAACCAUUCUAUGUAAGUUAUAUGUACUCACGUCUAUAUAUUGGAAUUGAAGAGAUAGUGAAAUCUUGCUAGAGAUGCAAUUAUGAAAUUUUUAUGUAUUAUAUGUUACCAGUUUUCUGGUGAAUUUAAAAUUACUGUGAUAGUUGAACUUUAGCUCUGUACACACAUCUAUAUAUUGGAAUUGAAGAGAUAUUGAAAUCUUGCUAGAGAUGCAAUGAUGAAAUUUUUUAUAUAUUAUAUGUUACCAGUUUUCUAGUGAA